UGGACCCGCUGGCUCAGUGGGAGGAAUGUUUCUUCCCUCGCUCCUCAGUCCGAGGACUUGCACUGCUGGACUUCGACGUGGAACUUCAGCUCACCCUAAAAAAACAAACAAUUCCUAAUUCCGAGUCAUUUGUCGCCUCCAAAGACGGCAGCACUGCGCCUUAAGCAGCAUCUGCCAGCUCCUGCGCACCGGCCACGAGAUUGCUUGCACCUGGGACUCCAAUUUGGCGCACAUCAACUAAGGCAGAAAAAAAAAAAAAAAGUGUUCGUUUACCGGUUGAAAGUUGGACAAGACGUGGGCGCCAAAACUGGGACUUGCGGAUAACUUGUUGCAUGUGCGGGCGGACCUCGUUUGAGUGACGUCGCCCGUGGUUGGGAGAACACCAGCGCGAGCGGAUCAAACCCAGAGAGCCGACAGCCGCGUCCUCUCUGCACAUCGCAUCUGACCGCCAGCUGAUCCGCCAGUCGCCGCUCACGCCUUGCCACACGUGGCCGCCACUAAUUGAAGGUGAAACCGGCGCACACGGAGGCUAAUCGUGGCCGGAAGGCGCUCGCCGAGGAGUCACAGGAUGCUGCCGCCGCUGCUUAAGGCGCCCGCACUGCACCGCUCAAAGCUGAGGCUGGUCUAGAACGUUCUCACCACCGCCGCAGAACCCCUUUACAGAAACUUCCAAAAAUAUAAAAGGAGAGUUCCGCCGUGAGAUAAAGAAUGCUCUUGAACGUUCUGCUCGCCCUGCACGCCGUGUGCGGCGGCGUGACGCACGCCAUGCAACACUACCCGGCGGCCUGGGGACACUACGACGUGUGCAAGUCCCAGAUCUACACGGAGGAGGGCCUGGCGUGGGACUACAUGGCCUGUCAGCCCGAAGCCACCGACAUGACGAAGUACCUGCGAGUGGCCCUCGACCCCCCCAACAUCACGUGCGGAGAUCCGCCCGAAACAUACUGCGCUUUGGAGAACCCCUACAUGUGCAACAACGAGUGCGACGCCAGCACCGAGGAGUUGGCGCACCCGCCCAGGUUGAUGUUCGACUUUGAGGGCCGCAACCCCACCACCUUCUGGCAGUCCACCUCCUGGAAGAAAUACCCGAAGCCCCUGCAGGUUAACAUCACGCUGUCGUGGAACAAGACCAUCGAGCUGACCGACGACAUCGUCCUGACUUUCGAAUCGGGCCGACCGGAGCAGAUGGUCCUGGAGAAGUCGCUGGACUACGGCCGGACGUGGACCCCCUAUCAGUUCUACGCCACCGACUGCUUGGACGGCUUCACCAUGGAACCCAAGACGGUGGGCGAUCUCACCCAGCGCACCCUGCUGGACAUCAUCUGCACCGAGGACUACUCGCGGGGCUACGUGUGGAAGAACGACAAGACGGUGCGCUUCGAGAUAAAGGACCGCUUCGCUCUGUUCGCCGGGCCCCGCCUGCACAACAUGGCCUCGCUGUACGGCCAGCUGGAUACCACCAAGAACCUGAGGGACUUCUUCACCAUCACCGAUUUGAGGAUUAAGCUGCUGAAGCCAGCCACUGGAGCCACCAUGGUGGACGAGAACAACCUGUCCAGAUACUUCUACGCCAUUUCCGACAUCAAAGUGCAGGGAAGGUGCAAGUGCAACCUGCACGCCAACAGCUGCGUGUUCGACAAGGGCAAGCUGGGCUGCGAGUGCGAGCACAACACCACGGGGCCCGACUGCAGCCGCUGCAAGAGGCACUACCACGGACGAGCCUGGAGCGUGGGCUCCUACCUGCCCAUACCGAAAGGAACCGCAAACAUAUGUAUUCCAAGCAAUCAAGGACCUGUGCAUCGAGAAAACGCGUCAUCUCUUGGCGUCGCGAAUCGUAAGCAAGCCCGGGUGUGCGACGGCGCCAUGCUGCGCUGCCAGAACGGCGGCACGUGCCACCACCACCACCAGCGCUGCCACUGCCCCCCCGGCUUCACCGGCGUCCUGUGCGAGAGGGCCCGCUGCCAGGGCCCCGGCGAGUGCGACGGCGAGUUAGCAGGACGAGCCUCCCGCCGCCAUCCCCCCGCUCACCGGCUGGCGCUCGCCGGGCUGGUGUUGAUCGUUUCUCUUUGCUGAGGUGACCCCCUCCGCCCCCUGCCAGCCGAACUGUUUAGUAACCAAAACCCACCCCUGGAAAAAAGAAGCGGGCACGACGACCGGCCUCGUCGUGCGACGCAGAGUCGGACAAAGUCGGACGCCGUCGUGGAUUGAUGAAGUCACUGCUGUCUUGUAAAUCUCACACAGAUUAAGAUUGUCCGAAGCAAAGAAACAAAAACUACCUGCAAACUGUACAAAGUUACGCACAUUUCUAUAAGAAUUAGUCCUUCAUUUCUAUAGCGCUUGGCUGCAUAAAAGGGUGGCGGGUGAGCUGGAGCCCCAACCCGGCUGACACACCCCGGACUCGUCCCCCAGUCAACCACGGCACACACACACACACACGCUCACCUUCUCACUAGAGAUGUCCGAUAAUAUCGGACUGCCGAAAUUAUCGGCCGAUAAAUGCUUCAAAAUGUAAUAUCGGAAAUUAUCCGUUUCAAAAAGGAAUGACAAAAACACAUUUCGGGAGAACAUCCGCACUGUAACACAACAGAAAAAAUACCCAGAACCCCUUGCAGCACUAACUCUUCCUGGACGCUACAAUAUACACCCCCCCGCUACCCCCAUCUCAACCCGGCAAAAGUACGGAGAAGUACAGAUCGCCUAUAAACCUCAAAUACACUCCGUUUUCGUGCCCGGCCUAAUCACAUAAUAUCUACGGCUUUUCACACACACACACGAGUGAAUGCAAGUCAUACUUGUUCAACAGCCAUACAGGUCACACGGAUGGUGGCCGUAUAAACAACUUUAACACUGUUGCAAAUAUGCGCCACACUGUGAACCCACAUCCAACAACAUUGACAAACACAUUUCGGGAGAACAUCCGCACCGUAACUCAACAGAGCAAAUACCCAGAACCACUUGCAGCACUAACUCUUCCAGGACGCUACAAUAUACACCCCCCCUCCCCCGCUACCCCCACCUCAACCCAGCGGACGUAGGGAGAAGUACAGAGCGCCAAUAAACCUCAAAGACACUCCCUUUUCGUGCCCGGCCUAAUCACAUAAUAUCUACGGCUUUUCACACACACACGAGUGAAUGCAACGCAUACUUGUUCAACAGCCAUACAGGUCACACGGAUGGUGGCCGUAUAAACAACUUUAACACUGUUGCAAAUAUGCGCCACACUGUGAACCCACAUCCAACAACAUUGACAAACACAUUUCGGGAAAACAUCCGCACCGUAACUCAACAGAGCAAGUACCCAGAACCACUUGCAGCACUAACUCUUCCAGGACGCUACAAUAUACACCCAACUGCUACCCCCACCUCAACCCAGCGGACGUAGGGAGGAAUACAGAUCGCCUAUAAACCUCAAAUACGCUCCCUUUUCGUGCUGGCCCAAUCAACAUAAUAUCUACGCCUAUUUCACACACACACACAAUAUGAAUGCAACUCAUACUUGGUCAACAGCCAUACAUAUCACACUGAUGGUGGCCGUAUAAACAACUUUAACACUGUUGCAAAUAUGCACCCAAUUGUGAACCCACACCAAAAAAAGAAUGACUAACAUAUUUCGGGAGAACAUCCGCACCGUAACACAACAGAUACCCAGAACCCCUUGCAGCACUAACUCUUCCAGGACGCUACAAUAUAAAAAUUCCGCUACCCCCACCUCAACCCAGCGGACGUGGGGAGAAGUACAGAGCGCCAGUAAACCUUAAAGACACUCCCUUUUCAUGCUGGACCAAAUACAUAAUAUCUAUGACUUUUCACACACACACGAGUGAAUGCAAGGCAUACUCGUUCAACAGCCAUACAGGUCACACUGAGGGUGGCCGUAUAAACAACUUUAACAGUUACAAAUAUGCACCCAAUUGUGAACCCACACCAAAACAAGAUUGACUAACACAUUUCGGGAGAACAUCCACACCGUAACACAACAGAACAAAUACCCAGAACCACUUGCAGCACUAACUCUUCCAGGACGCUACAAUAUACACCCACCUGCUACCCCCACCUCAACCCAGCGGACGUAGGGAGAAAUACAGAUCGCCUAUAAACCUCAAAUACGCUCCCUUUUCGUGCUGGCCCAAUCAACAUAAUAUCUACGCCUAUUUCAAACACACACAAUAUGAAUGCAACUCAUACUUGGUCAACAGCCAUACAGGUCACACUGAUGGUGGCCGUAUAAACAACUUUAACACUGUUGAAAAUAUGCACCCAAUUGUGAACCCACACCAAAACAAGAAUGACUAACACAUUUCGGGAGAACAUCCGCACCGUAACACAACAUAAACAUGACAGAACAAAUACCCAGAAUCCCAUGCAGCACUAACUCUUCCGGGACGCUACAAUAUACACCCCCCCCCUCUACCCCAACCCCGCUCACCCCAACCUCCUCAUGCUCUCUCAGGGAGAGCAUGUCCCAAAUUCCAAGCUGCUGUUUUUAAGGCAUGUUAAAAAAGAAAGAUAAUGCACUUUGUGACUUCAAUAAUAAAUAUGGCAGUGCCAUGUUGGCACUUUUUUUUUUCCAUAA